AUGGACGCCGACGACGUCGACGACAUCCCCCCGCCGCCCUCCGCCGCCCUCGUGGACGUCCUCCCGUACCUUUACAGGGUGUCCGUGGCGCAGAGGGGCACGGCGAUCAGGCUGGCGUUCGCGGUGUCCGCCAUGCUGGUGCAGAAAUCAACCGGCCUCGCGGUGCCCAUCCUGUUCAAGGUGGCGGUGGACAGGUUGACCGACGCGGCGAUGGCGAGCGGCGUCGGGAACGACGCCGCGGUCGCGCUCGCCCUGCGCGCCGCCGCGUGGGCGCUGGUGGCGAGCGGCACCUUCAAGGCAAUCUCCGGUCUGGCCACUGAGCUUCGAUCUGUGGCGUUCACGCCGGUGGCGCAAGCCGCCGGCCGGCGAGUCGCGCUGCAGGUGUUCAACCACGUGUUGAACCUGGACCUGUCGUUCCACCUCGAUCGACGAACCGGGGCGCUGCAGCGAAUAAUCGACCGCGGGACGAGGUCGAUCACGAUGGUGUUCAGGGCGGUGGUGUUCACGUUCGUUCCCACGAUGGUGGAGCUGGCGCUGGUGUGCUUUCUGCUGUGGCGCGCGUUCUCGUGGCACGUGGUGGCCAUCGUGCUGUCCACCUUCGUGCUGUACGUGGGUUGGACCGUACGGAUGACGGGCGUGAGCGCCGAGUUGCGCAAGAUCGCCAACAAGAUGGACGGCAUCACCACCGGUAAAGCCGUGGACGCCCUUCUCAACUACGAGACGGUGACCACCUUUGGCAACGUCAAGCUCGAGUCGGAUUCGUACGAUCAACUACUUCGGAGUUACCACGAGGCGGCGCUGGGGAGCGAGCGCGCGAGCUCGGCGCUCAACGCGGGGCAGGCGGUGAUACUCGCGGGUGGCAUGACGUGCGUGCUGGCGUCCGCGGCGCUGGGUAUCGGCAGGGGCGGGUUGGAGUUUGUCGGGCCCAUAUCCACGAGGGUCGGCGACCUCGUGAUGGCCAACGGGCUGCUGCUGCAGCUGUGGGCGCCGCUGCAGUUCCUCGGGUUCUUCUACCGCGAGCUGAGGCAGUCGCUGGUGGACAUGGAGGCCAUGUUCGAGGUGAUGAGCACCACGAGCGCCAUACCGGACGGCACCCAGACCUUGCCCGCGAAGGAGGGCGGCGCCAGGGUGACCCUCAGGGACGUGUCUUUCACCUACGGCGGCGCCGUCGGAGGGCGGAAAGUUGUCAAGAACGUGUCCCUCGACAUCUCGGAGGGUCAGAGCGUGGGUAUCGUCGGCCCGUCCGGCAGCGGUAAGAGCACCCUGCUGAGGCUCUUGCUCCGCAUGUACGACGUGACCGGCGGGAGCGUGGAGGUUGACGGCGUCGACGUACGAAACCUGAGGCAGGAUUCUUUACGGUCCAUCACCGCCGUGGUGCCCCAGGACACCGUGCUGUUCAACGACACGCUGCGCCAUAACCUCCGGUACGGUCGCGCCGCCGCGAGCGAGGAGGAGGUGCUGAAGGCUGCGAGCGACGCCAGGCUCGACGGCACCCUCGCGGCCAUGCCGGACGGCUUGCAGACGAUGGUGGGCGAGAGGGGCGUGAAGCUGAGCGGCGGCGAGAAGCAGCGCGUCGCCAUCGCGCGCGCGUUCCUGCGGUCGCCGCGGUUGUUGCUGGCGGACGAGGCCACCAGCGCGCUGGACACCGCGACGGAGGUUGGGAUCCUCCAGUCGCUUCAGGAGGUGGCGGAGGGUCGAACCGCGGUAUUCGUAGCGCACCGGCUCUCGACGGUGAGGUCGUGCGAUAAGAUCGUGGUCAUGGAGGCGGGUUCCAUCGUGGAGCAGGGGACGCACGCGCAGCUCAUGGACGGCAAGGGCGAGGGGCCCAAGAGCGGGCUGUACGCGUCCAUGUGGGCGUCGCAACAGGCGGAGAUCGAGGAGGAGGCGAGGGUGGCGGCGAGCAAGAGUAACCUCGGGGUCUUCUCCGAGGUUGAGACCUGA